AUGACCAACCGGAAUCGUCGGCCUCUCUCCCAAGAUGCAUAUGAUGCGCCACGCCAGCACCUCAAGGUGACAGAGUGCGAGGAGGACACCUACCCCUACAGCCUUGCCGGCUGCCAGCCGGACACAUGCCGGCACGACUUCGACGUGUCGGUGGAGUGUGCAGACGGUUAUGAGGGCGAUCCUGCGGCCACCGUUUGCGAGGGCCAUGGUCAAGUCUUUACCAUUGAUUCUUGGCAUCACCACCACAACCACGACUACCACAUCUACGACCACCUCCACGACGACAACAUCGACCACAACAACCACGACCACCACAACAACUACCAGCACGACAACCACUACCACCACCACUUCGACAACCACAACCACGACCACUACAUCUACAACUACCAUCACCACAACCACCACCACUACCACCAGCACCUCUACCACUACAUCCACAACCACAUCCACCACUACCACGACGACCUCGACGACUACAACAACCACAAGCACCACCACGUCUACAACCACGACUACCACAACGUCCACGACGACGACGGUCACGAUUCCGAAGCUGGUGUGUUCCGCACCGCUGGCUACCUGGUCUCUGAACACAACUUGAUCCAGGAGGAGUUUAAGGAAGAUAGUACCUACAAAUUGAAGGGCUGUGAAAAGAAGGUCUUCUGUUUUGCACCGACGGUGCUAGGCUAUCAUGUCGACGAGAACAGCCUGGUUAUGCAAGCCUUCGACGUGACAGCGAAGUGUGCGGACGGCUUCCACGGCACUGCGAAGGUUACUCCGUGCUCCAAGGAGGGCGAAUACAGCAUCACGGGCUGUACGGAAAACCUGUGCACAGCUCCGAGCACCGUAGGUUAUGCUGUCAAGGAGGUGGAGCUGCGAGAGCACUCCUUCAAGGUAAAAAUGACAAGCACGACGACGAAGAAGCAGAAGAGCAAGAAGAACAUGCUGUCUGAUGAUCUCGAUUCUGAGAGCGAUGAUGAUGCUGAUGAUGAUGAUGGUGCGCACAGGAAUGGCAAUGGUGCUCCAUUGCUGGUGCUGCAGCCAAUGGUGCUGCCUCUUAUCGUUGAACUGGCUUUGAACUUUAAACUUUGA